ACAGUCAAGGACAAGGCCCAGCACGCCGUCGUCCUUGAGAAGCAGACCGCCGAGAGACUCCAGAAGGAUGUCCAGUCCUACCGCCUCAUCACCGUCGCCACCCUUGUCGACCGUCUGAAGAUCAACGGCAGCUUGGCCCGCAGGGCCCUCGCUGAUCUUGAGGAGAAGGGACAGAUCAAGAAGGUCGUUGGCCACUCCAAGAUGACCAUCUACAGUAUG